AUGCAAAAAGACACGUAUGGCAAGGAAUGUCUCCCUAUACAAGUCCGUGAUCAUGCUCUCAAAAUCACCGAUGACCUGCCGCGCCAAGGCGCCAAUCGGGAUUUCUUUGUCCAAAAUCAAGAACGCGCCUUGGCGGCUACAGAUGGCACGACACCUGGCGGAGCUCUUGCUACGAUCGGAGCUGAUCAUCCUGGAACCGAGAUGCUCAAACGUCUCCAGCGCACUGGGCCCUACUACAAGCGCAAUGCCCCACACAUUUGCUCUUUCUUCGUGAAAGGAGAAUGUAAGCGUGGAGAGGAAUGUCCUUAUCGCCACGAGAAACCGACGGAUCCCGAUGAUCCACUCAGCCAGCAAAACAUGCGUGAUCGCUACUACGGCAACAACGACCCAGUCGCCGAAAAGAUCUUGAAUCGUGCAACAGGCGGCAACGACUAUCGCGUCAACCCGGUGCCAAAUCUCCCGACCGCCUUGCCGAUUCCGGAUGAAUUGAUCCCGAAUAAGCCCGAGCGCCUCGCCUCAAUGGGGUUGUCGCAGCAGGACGUGACAGUACUUGGCGCGCCAAUUAGCAAAGCUACCAUAGAUGGCGAUCGCGAGUACAACACCUUUUUCUUGGGCCUCGCCGCCACGGCGCUGGCCGUCAAUGUCGGCGCGUUUGCGACGAUUUUGUAUUGCGGCACCGGGAUUCACAAAUUUUUAAAGAUGGCCGUAAUUUCUGAAAGGACGCGCCGGCAGCAGCGCCAAUUGUUUAGAGCAUUAGUCGUACAGACCACCGUCCCAAUGGUGUGCAUUUUCAUUCCAGCAAUCGUUUUUGCGCUCGGCUCAGUGUUUGAG